UUGAAGUGAAAACACGAUGAGUCUUUCGAACAAAGUAGUUAUUGUGACGGGAGCGAGCUCAGGAAUAGGAGCAGCAAUUGCAGUUGCCUUCAGUUCUGCGGGAGCACAUGUAGCAAUAGUGGGACGAAACGAAACAAAACUAUCCGAUGUUGCAGCUAAAUGCACUAACCCACUUGUAAUUAUUGCAGAUGUUACCAAGGAAAAGGAUGCACGAGCGGUAAUAGACAAAACAAUCAAGAAGUUUGGCAAACUUGACGUGCUAAUAAAUAACGCAGGACUCACAGUACCGGCGAGCAUUUUGCAAGGUGACAUGAUGAAAGCUUACGAUACAAUUAUGGAUAUAAACGUUCGAGCUGUGGUACAGUUGACUACAUUAGCAGCGCCUCAUUUAGUGAAGACUAAAGGUAAUAUUGUGAAUAUUUCAAGCGUAGCCGGACAGCUAGCUCCAGUCUAUCCCAGCACAAUCAACUACAACAUGUCGAAGGCUGCUGUCACUCAUUUUGGUAAAUGCGCAGCUGUUGAAUUCGCAGAACACGGUGUAAGAGUGAACACUGUCAGUCCUGGACCGGUGUAUACGGACUUCUUAGAAAAUUCUAAAAGCUCAAUCAAGUGGGAGCAGUACAAAGCUAUAAACGUCCUGAAAAGAGUAUCGGAACCUGAUGAAAUAGCCGAUUUAGUUCUCUUCUUAGCGAGCGACAAAGCGAGAGGAAUCACUGGCUCCGAGUUUGUGUCAGACAACGGUACAUGUAUUAAGCGUCUUGCUUAAUAGUUGUUCGUCUAAUCUUAACAAUUAUUGUUUAUUUAGGUAUAUUGCUUAUUCAUCAUCAUUAGGUGUCUUCUUCCAGCUGAAGUUUGGCGGUCAUGUGUAGAAAACUCUUCCGGGAAAUUGGACAUAUAAA